AUGUCCUCCACACUAGAACAGUAUGAUAUGCCCGACAUUGACAGCGUUACAUCUAACGUUGGCCGCACGGAGACUGCUGAUGAUUUGAGAAGAGAGCUCACACGGGCAACCACAAGAGACGUCAACACCCCAGAGAACGCCAGGGCCUUCCCAGAGGAGUACACCGUGGAGACAGAAACCGGGCUGGUCAAGACGCAAACCGUCAGGGAGGCCAAAGGGUCUCAGUACAGAGGCGGGCUGGACCCAAAGAAGGUCAACAAGGCCAUAGAGAAGAACAGACGGGCACUACAAGGCGGAGGCGGCUUUUGGAGUAAGCUGAAGAGAAAGAUCGGCAUGUGA